AUGGACGACAACGACAACUAUUACUAUUGUUACGACUACUACUUCGACGACGAUGGCGACGACGAAAGGGAUUUCCGUCAGGAUUUUCCUGGAGGACGCUGCUGGGAACAGGUUACGGAACCGGUUGUCCUGCAGGAUCCGGUCGGACCGGUUGCCAAUGGCGGACUUCCAGUAGUCAUAGACAGUAAAGAAAAUGAUCAUAACAUAAAAUGUCGAAAAUCUAGAACAGCCUUCACGAAAUACCAAUUGGGGUGGCUCGAGGGAGAGUUUGAGAAGUGUAAAUACUUGACUCGAUUAAGGCGGUACGAAGUGGCUCUAAUACUUGGUCUCACAGAACGACAAGUGAAAGUGUGGUUCCAAAAUAGACGAAUGAAGAAAAAAAGGCUGAACGACGAAUCCAUUUACGGAUAACAGGAUAACGAUUGUAUUAUUAGCAUUUCAAUCGUCAAGAGAGAUCGUUAUAUUACGUUUGUACAACAUUCGUGGCAUUGUUUUAUAAUAUGGACAUUCGUUUUUUUUUUCACGGUUUAAACCUUAAUGGAAUUUAAUUGUAUAAAAUGGAUUAUUCCACCUACCACCGGGAUUAAGAGUAUUAAAAAAUAAAAACCUUUUUAUUUGUACGCAACAA